AUGAUAGCCUCACAGCUUGUCGGAGGAGGCGGCUGCCUGUGUCGUAUUGGCUGCUGCAGGAGGACAACCUCUGGGUUUUAAAACUUUAUUUUUAGCCAUCGGUCAGACUGCUAUUGCAGUCGCUUUCGUGGGCGAUAGGAGAAGCUAUCUCACUGCAUUUACUGCCAUCAAUCAGUGAAGCGAUAAGGCCACGCAUGUUGGUACUGCUGGUCCUGCGGUGAGCGGUCGGGAACAAGUCCUUGGGACACUGAACGUGUUCUCUACGUAACGGAGGCGAUACACCUGAAUUGAAGGCUGGACACAACAACGAAGCUGACGGAAGUUACAGCAGGCGACACCAUUUCAGGCUACUUCACCCGUGCGUGAAGCUGAGACUGGGUAUUAUCCAUCAGACCUAACUGCGAACGAUACCCUCUGCUGUGUGUUGGCAAUGGCGAGUCCAGGGACAGACCUCGGCACCAAGAAUCAAGAGCACAACCAACACCCCGAACCGACCCAGGAGCCUGCAUUCCAAGAAGCGCAGAAAUGGAUAGAGGAAGUGACGGGGAGAAGCUUUGGUGACAAGGACUUCCGAGGCGGUCUGGAGAAUGGCAUUCUGCUCUGCGAGUUGCUGAGUUCAAUCAAGCCAGGUCUUGUUAAGAAGAUCAACAGGCUUCCUACUCCCAUAGCUGGACUGGACAACUUGACCCUGUUCCUGCGCGGCUGUGAAGAGUUAGGCCUGAAGGGCUCGCAGCUCUUUGACCCCGGGGAUCUUCAAGACACAUCCAUAAGGGCUAACUUAACUGGCUCUGAUUGCAACAGGAAGCUGAAGAAUGUCCUGAUCACCAUAUAUUGGCUCGGGAAAGCAGCCAAUGGCUGUGCAGCAUACAGUGGUCCAACACUCAACCUGAAGGAGUUUGAAGGCCUGCUGUCCCACAUGAGAAAGGAGACUGAGGACACAGAGAGCCCUAAGCGCAGCGUCCGUGACAGUGGUUACAUUGACUGCUGGGACUCCGAGAGGAGCGAGUCUCUGUCUCCGCCGCGGCACGCUCGAGACAACUCCUUCGACAGCCUGGAUUCCUACGGCUCCCGCUCACAACAGACGCCCUCGCCAGACGCUGUCCUCCGUGGCAACAGCGACGGUCGAGGCAGCGACUCGGAGGGCGACUCCAGGAAGCUGCCGGACGUGCGCAAGGACGACAUGCUGGCUCGCCGCACCUCCUACCAUGAGCCGCGGGCGGCCAUGCCUUUCAACCAGUACCUCCCCAACAAGAGCAACCAGAGUGCCUACGUGCCCACGCCGCUGCGCAAGAAGAGAGGCGGGGACCGCGGCGAGGAGGGUCGAAAGAGCUGGAGCAACGCCACGUCACCCAUCAGCACCGAGAGAACCUACAGCCACCCUGAGACCAUCCAGGAAGAGAGCCUGGCGUCUCAGAGGGAGCAGGAGGAUGGCCGGGUGCCGUGCAAGCGCUCCGCAGGCUCCCUGAGAGAGGCAGGGCCGGGCAUGCGUGCCGCCGGGCCCCCAAAGACCGUCACGUGGGCGGAGGAUGAUGCCGCUGAGGAGUUGGAGGAAGAGGAAGAGGAAGAGGAGGAGAGGCUGCAGCAGAUGAGGAAGAUGAAGAGGCUGGAAAAGGCAGGAAUUAAAGUGCUGCCCGCCUCCGUGCGAUAUGGCAGUCACAAACCGGUACACGAAGGACAGGCGCAGGAAGACAGGCCUCCGUCACCGGAAAUCAUCCUCAGGUGUGACAACGAGUUCAUGCGGACCCAGCAGCAGCACCACGGCUGGGACUCGGACGAGGAAGAGGAGGAGGAGGCCGAGAGGAGGAAGGUGCCUGACGUGCGGCGAGAUGACCUGGCCUCGCGGCGGGCUCGCGUGCACCGGCCCGCCCCUCGCUCCGCACAUCACUUCCUGCCCGCCUCCUGCAGCAAGAGAGACCAGGAGAAGUGGGAGGGCAUCCGCCGCGCCUCCCAGCAGGCCGUGCUGGAGAAGAUGGAGAAACUGGAGCAGGAGAAAAAGAGUGAGCAAGAGGUGCAGUCUCCCGAGGUUUUGAUCAUGAGCCUUAAGGAAAACCUGGUCCCUGUUAGAGGGAAAGAGCGAGAUGAAGAGAUGGAUAAGCAUGAGGAGGAGGAGGAGGAGGAGAACAGGCCUGUGGUCAUGCCCAACCAGCAGAAGGAUGACCUGGCCAAGAGGCGAGCCAAGACUAGAGCCAGGCCGCACAACACGGGCCCUCUGCAGCCACUGAUGCAGACCUCCAUGAACCAGGCAGACAUGGAGAAAUGGCAGAGGCUGAAACUGAACACAGAAGCCAGUGAGAGUGAACCCCAGUCCCCAGAAGUGACCAUCAUUACUCGGAAAGAGAACCCUUUCCUCAGCCCUCCAAGAAAAGGGGGGAAGGGGGUUGAGGACGAGAAAGAGGAUGAGGAGGAGGAGGAGGAGGAGAGAGUCAGGACAGAGGAAGCUGGUAGUGAGGUGCUGCCCAAUGUGCAGAAAGACGACCUGGCCAGGAGGCGGGCCAAGAGCGGGCCCCGCCCUCAGAAGGAUCCACGGCAGUCAUUGGCCCAGACGUCCAUCACUCAGGCAGACAUGGAGAAGUGGCAGAGGCUAAAGAUGACCACAGAGGACAGUGACUCCCCUCCAAUAUGUCAGGCCUGCAUUGACAAAGCCUCCCAGCCUCCUGCCAUCUCCACGGCAACGGCGGCCCAGAAUGACCUGGCCAGCCGCCGUGUCUGUGCCGAGCGGCGCUCGCAGGCCAACCGGCAGCAGCGGUUUGUGACGUUCGGCCCGGUGACAGAGAUGGACCAGAAGCACUGGGAGCGCCUGAGCAUCUCUCGGCCCGGGCAGGAGGAGGGGGAAGGGGAGGAUGAGGAGGAUGAGGAUGAGGAUGAGGAGGCAGGAGGGGGGAGGAGGGGGGACAGAGACGAGUCACAGACACUCCGACGCCUCCUCUCAGCAGCUCCUGUCGCCACGCCAACCAUUGGGAUGGGCUCCCCGCUCAGAGAGAGGCAGAGGCUGGGCAGUGCUGAAAUACCCAGCAGUGACUGCGCUCCUCCAUCCUCGCACGCACAAAUCUCCGGCCACGACGUCAGCCGACCUUUGUCCUCGUCCGAGCACGGGGCCCUGGAUGAGCUUUUGGCGGAGUACGGACGAAGAGGCCGCGGAGAGGAAGAGGAGGAUGAGGACGAGGAAGACGCAGAGAGGCAGCCCGACGUGCGGAAGGACGACAUGCUGGCUCGUAGGACGGGGACUCAUCAGAGGGUGGGCGGAGCUCAGGCCUUCAACCGGUUCCUGCCCAUGCCUGCAGCUAGAGUGCCACCCCCUCCCCAGAGAGAGCCACCCGCACCCCCACCCCCACCUGCACACCGCAGGGAGGCUGCUGCAGAGCCAAGCAGACCCAAGAACGAAGAGUACUCGGAGUGGAACAUUAAGACUGCCAGGAACUGGAUAGGGCGGAGAACGCAAACAGAUCAGAAACAAGAGGCCAAGGUUACAUCGUCAUCACCAUUCACCACAGAAGAUCAAAGGGACUCAGCAACAGUACGCACACCCACCCACAGCCAAGGAGGCAUAGAGAGGGAGCGCGAUGAUGAGGACGAUGAGGAGGAAUACUACGGCGACGGCCCCCUCCCAGAUCUGGAGAAGGAUGACAUGCACGCACGGAGGACGGGAAGCAGCCAGAAGCCCGCAGGCCUCCCGGGACAACAGUUCCUCCCCGUUCCAGGUUCAGUCAAAUAUAAUAAAGGCUCCCGAUCCCACUCGAAAGUCAAAGAAGGAGAGCGGCUCAAGGACAGCUUGAGCCCGGCGGCCUCUCCCGCCAGGAAGUGCCCUCAGAUGACGGACAGGGAGGAGGCGGGCUCUGCAGAGGCUUUGGGACCUCUGUGGGAAGCAGCUGGGGCAGAUGCUGAGCCCAAAAGUGGCCCGACUGCCCCCGGUCCUCCACCACAGCAGGGGAGCUGUACCCCUCAAAGACGACCCUCCUGGCUGGAGGAGGAUGACCUACCCCCAAUAUUCAGCCCCAGAGCUGCUAGUGCAGCUGAUGAGCAAGAGAGCAUGAGCAUGUUUGACAUGCGCUGUGAGGAGGGGUCGCGCCACGAACACCUGCACAACCAGUACAACCAGCUGCGGCACGACGAGGACGAGUGGCAGGACGACUUGGCUCGCUGGAAGAACCGGAGGCGAAGUGCAUCCCAAGACCUCAUCAAGAAGGAGAACGAGAGGAAGAUGAUGGAGAAGAUGAUGCUGGACGAGCAGGCGGCCUCGCUUCGGAGGAAGAGCAUUAAGACCUACAAGGAGAUCGUGGAGGAGAAGGAGCGUCGAGAGCACGAGCUGCACGAGGCCUACACCCAGGCCCGCACCUCGGAGGAGAAGGCCUCCGUGCUGCAGCGCUACGCCCUGCGCUUCACCAUCAGCGACGCCAUCUUGGAACGCCUGCAGAUCCCACAGCCUGGAGAGAAGGUAGUCCCUCUCCCAUCCGACGCUGCUGCUGCUGCUGCUGCUACCACCAACACCACCACCGCUACCGCUCCCGCCACUAGCACCACCCCAGCUAAGACUGUUGUUCCCCCGCCCGCCCCGCUGUCGCCUCCAGCCGCUUCUCAGCCUAAACAGCAGCCGCAAUCGCAGCCGCAGCGGUACCCCUCGUCUCCCGCCAAAUACGUUCCCCCACGUGUAGAGCCCACCCUCAGAGACACCCCUAAAUCCCCAGUUAGCUCCCAGCCACAGACGCGGACCACGAGUCCCACCUCGCAGCCGCCGAGCCUGGCCCAGACGCGGCCCAUGUCCCCGGAGCAGUCGCCCACGCGCGCCCUGCCUGCUUUGUCCAAGCCUGUGCCUCUGUUCACGCCUAAGCCUUACAGCCAGCCCAAGCAUAACCUGAGUGGACACAAGUCUGUCAAGACUGAUGGCUUGAUACGUUUCAACGGAGAAACCAACGCAGAAGACAAAAAGAUCACAAAGAUAAGUUCUCCCCCGCUGCCUCCCGCAACCACAACCACAACCACAACCACAACUUCUCCUUUGCCUAAUCAGGAGCCGGCAAAGCCCAUGCAAGAUGUGGCCAAGCCUCCUCCUCCUGUUUCUCCCCCAGCAUGCCCCAAACCCCCUCAGGAGCCUCCACCACAGCCCCAGCCCCAGCCCCAGCCCCAGCCCCAGCCCCAGCCCCAGCCCCAGCCUCAGCCUCAGCCUCAGCCACAGCCCAUCUCCCCACAGAGGGAAAUAAACAAAACUGUAACAGAGGUGGAGCCGCUGGCUCUGUCGUCUCCAGAAGCAAGCCAAGGAGCUGAGGAUGCUUCUGCUGACCUCACUGAGUCUCCAUUCAUAGUAACAGAACCCAAGGACCUUGCUGCUGGGGGGAAGCGAAAUUGUGUUAUCAAGACGACCAUUGUGACCGAGCUGACGCACACGCAGAUAAUAGAUGAGCCGGAUGCAACCACUAGAACAUGGAUGAAUAGCUCAGCCAGUUCAGGCCAGACACCUGAUGAUCAGUCAGUAUCGUCCUCAGACUACAGCAGAACUGAAUCAGCCCAGACUGUAACGUCCUCGUCCUCCACUAUUACAGACUCUUCACAAACUUCUGAUAGCUCUAGGUUACGCUGGGAGUUCUUCGCUGCGCCAGAAGGACUUGAUGCCACCAGCAUGUGCAUUGAGACCCCUAUUUUGAAUCUGGCUAAAAGAGUUGACCAUUGGACUUGGGAUCCCAAUGAGGAACGCAAACGUCAAGAAAGAUGGCAACAAGAGCAGGAGCGCCUGCUACAGGAGAAGUACAGGCGUGAGCAGGAGAAGCUGAAGAUGGAGUGGGAGAGGGCGCAGAAGGAGGUGGAGGAGGAGGAGAGGCGGCACCAUGAGGAGGAGAAACGUAUCCUUGAGGAGACGAUGUCCCCACUUACGUCUCGUUCAGCCAGUGGUGCACUGGCAAGUCCCGUGUCCUCCCCGCCACCUCAGAAGGACAACAUUGUGCUGCUACUGUCUGACCUGGAGCCACAGCAGGGUGCCCAGGAGAGCCAUACGGACAGCGCAGGACACACAGGCACACACAAUGGAGUGUCACACGCAGACAGCCCAGCUCAGACCCAAAUGAAGGCACCAGCACAGCAGAAUGGCAAUGCUCCCUCUCCUUUGGAGCACAGCGAGUCUGCAACACCACAGCUUCACUUCAUACAGGAUGGUUCCUGGAAAAUCUCCCCAUCGGAGAGAAAGCUAAAGAGUGAUGAGUGGAAGAAGACUAAUUCUCUGGACCGCAACGUCAGUCCAACACAAAACCACACCGCCGGAAUGAGGAGGUCAGGGUCCUAUGAGAAUGUCUUAGGGACACAUUCAUGCACACCGUCCCCAACAUCACCUGAUACGCAGCCUCCAUCCCCAAGCAGGUCAGUGAGUGGGAAGAAGCUGUGCUCAAGCUGCGCCCAGCCACUGGGGAAGGGAGCAGCCAUGAUCAUAGAAACCCUGGGCCUUUAUUUUCAUAUACAGUGCUUCAAGUGUGGAGUGUGUAAGGGGCUUCUUGGAGAUACCAGUACUGGCACAGAUGUCAGGAUUCGCAAUGGCCUGCUCAACUGCCAAGAGUGCUACAUCAAAUCCCGUGCUGCCGGUCAGCCAACCAUGCUGUGAGCAGCAGUGAAUCUUUAUGAAACGUAGAAGAAUACCAACAACCAGACACCCUGACAAUCUCCACAGAGGCGACCUGUCAUGGAGUGGAAAAAUUUUAACACGAUAUCUCAGAUUAACAAACUGUCGAGGGUUGGAAGCUGCCCAUAUACUACACCUCACUGUCAAAGUGAUGCUUCUUUACAUCACCUGCACUCAUUUUUCAAAAACUGGAUAACAUCUCUUUAUUUUUAUACUUGUAAAAAAAAAUAUCUUUCCCUCCUAUUAUUUGUUGUGCUCAACCCUCAUAACGCAAUAAUCUGUGCAUUGAAUUAGGUCAGAAAGGUAACCAGUCAUUUAGCUCUCAAUACUCUGGAUGUGGAAAAUAGUUUUUUUAAAAGGAUAUGGGAUUCUUUGAUAUGAAAGCUACAUUCCCAACAGUUGUAGUUCAGACACAGAGAAAUGGGAGUCCUGCUAUGUGUCUGAAGUUGUCGCACUGGCAGUACCUAUUUGCAGAACAUAUGUACCUUCUAAUCUACAGCUGGGUGUCCUGGAGGAUCUUUCUGGCACCCUUUAAGGUACAAAUAUCUGAAGAAAAGGUUUUGCACCUGGACGUGACGUGUACAUAUUGUACCCCACAGAACAUUGUACCUUCCACGGUACAUUAUAUUCAUAAAAAGGAGGUAUAUAAUUGCUCUGCACGAAGGUACUGUAGUAUCCCACUACAAUUUCCCUGUGUACUGAAAUGGCCUAUGAUCAGAUAGAUAUUUUGCACCUUUAAUAUGAAUAUUUCUGGAGCAAUGUUUUAUCUAAAGCAUGGGGGCAAACCAGUCUGUCUGAAGCACACCUUGCAGUUUUUAGAAACUUUCUGUCUGUAUAACGAAUCUUGUCGGGACUUCUGUAGUAUUUCUAUGCUUUUUAAAGAAGAAAAUUUCCGGUCUGUGCAGUUUAACAUGUAUAAUGCCUUAAUCAUUCACAACGUUGCCGAGCUUCUGAGGUCGGUGGCUGCAAAGAGCUGUCUUGCAUGAUCUAACAUGGUUUGAGCACAGUCAAACUUCCUGGACUGGCGUGGUUUUAUUUAGAUAUUGUGUAAAAUUUGUUGUUUUACUUUUGUUAAUGUAAUGUUAUUUCUUCCGUUUCACCUAUAGAAAAUGGAGCAUAUUUGACCAACAAAGUCUUUAAGGCGUUCCAAAAAGAGUUUAUCCGGCAAAAAGCAUGUAACGCUAUGUAUCCAUUAUUUUGCGCCAUAGUUGGUUGAACAGAAUGUGCACGCAGACUUUCCCACUCCAUUGUAUUAUUAUUAUAUUUUUUAUUAAUUAAACGGUUAUGAAGUAUUAGUCGUUGAAAUAAUGUAACCUAUUUAACUUAAUACAAAAACAGAACUAUUGUGAACCAUGUAGGCCUAUCCUUAUUUGAGUUUAGGAAUACUGUUUCGUUCUAUUGGCUCCCUGUGUAACUUAUGUUCCCUUCCUUCACUCUUGCCAGGUGAUUUUACAUCAAAAUACGUGCCUUAUGAACGCAGGUGGUUGCACAGUAUAGGAGAUGUUUGAUUCCAUAGAUAUAACUGAAAAGCCCAAAGAUAAUCUCAGUAAUAUUACUAUAGUACAACGGGAUGGUAUGGAUGCCUAAUUGAAAUCUGAAUGUCAACUAUCGCCUAUUAGGGGAAUAUUCCAAACCAAACCAAGCAAGCCCUUGGAGAUAAACCCUUCUUCUCUUUUACCUGAUUUUGUCUGUUAAGUGGUUUUCUAGAAUGACAUAUGCAUAGCACAAUAAAAUUCUGCAGAUUCAUGUCUUUUCUGAAAAUGUUAGCCUAUUUGAGGACAUUCACUGACAGAAUCCCAUGUCUACAUUCUCCUGCGUGCUCUGUGAAUAUUUUUGUGAAACUUGAAGCACAUCCUUAUUAAAGUGUCUCCACACACAGAGAUUUUUUUCUUUUCAAUUAUAUUUACUUUGUUUCUAGUUAAGUUUUCAGAUGAUACUCGACUUACUUGUCAUCCUCAAAGCAAUGAAAACCCUCCGUUGCACCCCUGCAAAGCUUUGUCAUAGUUGAAUAGCGUUGCUACCAUUACUUUCCCCCUUGAUAUGAAUUACUGUUUCUGUUUUGCUUUAAUAUGCGUUUAGAUAAGGCAAUAAAAUGGACGUGGAGUGCAAAAUCCAGUAACAUGUUUUAAGCUCUGUAUUUAUUGUAUUCAAUUAAAAUAAAAUAAAAACUGAAGCUACGUAGAGGAAAGGAGCUGCUAUGCAAUGGCUUUUAUAGCAAGUGAAUGUUUGUACAAUAAAACGCUGUAAAUUAACCGUUUUCCCAAUUGUGUGGCUUUGAUGUUUGCGUGACGUGUGUGUGAUCUGUCCAUGGUACUGAACCGUUGUUUACAAUUCGAAAGGAAACCAACGGUUCUCGGCUUUGAUAGACUGCGAAAUGUCACAAAGUAUAACCUCACUGGAAUUGUGGCCCAUCAUCUAUAUCAUACUAUAUUUGAUUAUGAGGUAAGGGCACUAAAAAUACAUGUAUUAACAGCCUAAUUCUGAUUUGAUAUGCACACUUUUCUGCCUUAGCCUAUAUCUAAAACAUAAUCUAAAACAACCUACAACUGAUUACACAUUGGAUUUUAACACAAAUUCAUACGCUACACCACCAUAUAAAUAAUGCAUAAAUUAAACUCACAAAUAA